AUGUCCACCUUCUACUUCUUCUCCGGCGGCAUCGCGGAGCUCGCGGGCGUCGCCGCGCUCUUCCCGCGCUCCUGGCGCGUGCUCUACGUCGUCACCUCGCUCCCGUCUCUCGCGUUCGCUGUCGCCGUCGUGCCGUUCGUCUCCGAGUCGCCGCGGUGGUACCUCGUGCGCCGACGCCCCGACGACACCCUAAGGGUCAUCCGGGACAUCGCCGCUACCAACGGCAGGGCCGUACCUGAGGAUCUCACGCUCAGGCUCGACGAAGAGGACGAGGAUGACGAGGAGGAGCAGGGGAAGGACGGUGGUGGGGGCACGGCCAAGGCGGCGGGGGCGUCCGCGUCCUCGGAAUCCAUCUUCGACGUGUUCCGGUCCCGGACCACGCGGGUGCGCCUCGUGCUCUCCGUACCCAUCAACCUCCUCAUCUCGGUGGUGUACUACGGCCUCAGCCUCAACGUGGUCAACCUCAAGACCAACCUCUACGUCACCGUCGUCGUCAACUCGCUCGCCGAGAUGCCCGCCUACCUGCUCACGGCGCUGCUCCUCGACCAUUUCGGCCGGAAGCCUCUCGCCAUCGGCACCAAGCUGCUCAGCGGCGUCUUCUGCACCGCCGGGAGUCUCAUACCCCGGCGCAGGGAUCAUGAGGGUGGCGCGGAUGGUGUGCGGCGUGGUGGGCAUCUUCGGCAUGGCGGCGACGUACAACCUGUUGUUCAUCUACACUGCGGAGCUGUUCCCGACGGUGGUGCGGAACGCGGCGCAGGCGGCGCAGAUGGGGGCCAUCGUGGCGCCGCUGGUGGUGAUGCUCGGGGAGAGGCUGCCGUUCGCGGUGUUCGGCGCCUCGGGGAUCGUCGGCGGCCUGCUCGUCUUCUACCUGCCGGAGACGAUGAACAAGCCCCUGUACGACACCAUGGCAGGGCUGGAGGAAGGGGAGAAGAGCGUUCUCGAGUGACACGAUGGGGCGAGAGGUCUGUCAGUCGGUGGCAAAUGCUGGGGGCUCAGAUAAACGGUCUUCGGACCCUUUUGUAG